AAUCAAACUAAAACUAAAACGCUUAAAAACUAAACCUAAAGAAGGAAAUUGAAUGGUACUUAUAACCACUUCAGGAAUUGCAUUCUGGUCUCUACAAUGGUCCACGUUAUGCAGCCGAAGCUGUUAACAUGUACAUUCCUAACAAAGAAGCCAGGAUACUUGAUGUUGCUGCUGGAACUGGAAGAGUAGCCGAAGAGCUCCAGAAAUUAGGCUACAAGAACUUAGAUGCCUUGGAUCCAUCAACUGGGAUGCUAACGAUAGCUAGGGAGAAGCAGCUGUAUAGAAAUCAUAUUCCCACUUUCAUCUUAGAAACAGGGACCCCAAUUCUUCAUGAUGAGUAUGAUGGCUUAGUGACGUCAGGAGGGAUGGGAGAAGGGCAUAUUCCUCCGGAGGCAAUGCACGAAAUGGCAAGGGUGGUAAAACCAGGUGGAAUAAUAUGUAUUGCCAUGAGAGAAGAAUUCCUCGUGAGUGUAGAGAGAUAUAAGAACAAUGCACUGGAGCUUGAAAUGCUUAACAUGGCGAAGCGUAAAAUAUGGAUUCAAAUAGGAAGAAAUGUGGUGCCGAAAUAUGUAUUCGACAAAACCGGAGUCGUGUUUGCUUUCAAAGUUCUUUGAAACGAUUGAAUUAUCAUAAGAAUGCUCUUUUUUCAAUUAGAUAAAAUGUCAUUAUCUUCUUGCUCAAUGAAAAUCAUAUAUUUCUUUGGAUUGAAAUAAACAUGGAGGCAAUAAGCUAGAAUGAUUCUACACAUAGUUCUUUAAACAUUGAAUGGUUAUAAUACAUAGGUAAAAUCAAAUCAAAUUUCUUGUUCAGCGUCAGACAAACCUGUUUACAUUUAACUAGAAAAACAGCAACUCCUUAUCUGUCAAAUCCC